AUGAAGAAUGUGAUUCUACUGUUCUGUCUUCUAGGACCAGUUAAAUCUCUAAUACAGAUCAACCCUGCUUUAGGACUUCCUCCGAUAAGUUUGGUUCCAGAUCAGGCAACACUAAACCAACAGCAGUCAAAUCAGGUAUUCUCUUCUGUAAGUCUAAUACCAUUGACACAAAUGCUCGCUCUAGGGUCAGAUCUGCAACUGCUAAAUUCUCCUGCAGGGAUUACACCUGCUACUCAAACCCUCCCACUGUCCCUGGGAAAACUGAAUGGACAACAACCACUGCAGCCACACAUGUUACCAGUUAUUGUAGCACAACUUGGGACCCAGGGUACUAUCCUUAGCUCGGAGGAAUUGCCUGUGGCCUCACAACUCUUCACAGGCCUCAUCCUCCAGCCCUUAGUCCAGGGAGCAAUUCUGUCCAAAAGCCAAAUAAAUCCAGACAUUCAGAAUGGAGUGAUUCCAGCAGGACAAUCAAAACCAAAUCCUGACCUCCAGGGAACCACAGAGAUUCCCUUCUCAACUCCAAGUGGCAUAGAUGAUGACUUUGGGGUGACAACUCCUGCUGGCAUCCAAAGAGGUUUCCAUCUUACUGAGGAAACCACCACAGAGUCACCAGAUGCUGUCUCAUGCAUAAAAGUAGAAAACCAAGCAGGGAGCAAAGCAGUGGCCUUUUAUAAUGUCUCCUUUGAGACCAGGCACAUGGCAGGAAUCAGGCUCCACCUUUUGCAGGCCAAGACAGCCUACCUUGUGAUGAGCCCUGAAGAGAUUAUGUUUGCUGGGGCUUUUCUCUGCCGCCUCAAGCAGGAAAACAGGAAACCAAGCAGGGAGCAAAUUAGCGGCCUUUUAUAA